AUGGUAGAAAAGAAUAAGUUAUUCUUCGUCCAAGAUCCCUGUCCUGUGGCUGAUCCCUCCCGGCAACCCAGGCCCUACAUCCAGCGACCGCGACUUUCUCGGCUACAUCUUCCACAAUGGCUCCGCCUCCUGGCGCAGCGGCCGUGGAGAGCUCACCCUCCCACGGCUCCCCAACCUGCGGCGCCCUACCAGUUCCGCCUCUUCCGCUGGCACCCCAAAGAGCACUCCUACCACCACGUCGACCACAACGGUAACCCGCUCCCCCAUGGCCGCCACCGCGUCGCCCUCUCCGGCGAGGUCUCUUUCGCGGGCUCGGCUGUGCGGCCCGAGCAGGUGCACCUCACGUUCUCCGAUAGGGCCGACGAGAUGCGGGUGAUGUUCGUGUGCGCGGACGCCGGAAAGAGGGCCGUGAGGUAUGGGCUUGAGAAGGAGGAGGAGAAGGGCUGGACGGAGAUGGGCACGGAGGUGAGGACGUACGAGCAGAAGCACAUGUGCGACGCGCCGGCGAACGACAGCGUAGGGUGGAGGGAUCCGGGCUUCGUCUUCGCUGGCCUCAUGAAUGGGUUGGAGCCCGGAAGGAGGUACUUUUACAAGGUAAACCAAAGAUUGGAUUCCCCGCAAGAAAAUACUCAGAGAGUGAACCUGCAAAAGAACACCUAAAUUUAUCAAUCGUGACAGCAAUUUAGCGUUCCAGCGGCAGCAGAUUGUUCUUCCAGUAGCUUGCCCAGCGGAGGAGCCGGCCGUCAUCCCGAGCGGCGCGCUGUUCUCCAUGUCGUCAGGUGACUUGCUGGAGCUCGACGACAAGCAGUGGUUUGGCGGCAUGGUUUCCGGGUCGUACUACGAGAGCUUGGCGCAGGGGAUGCUCAUCGAGCCGCCGGACGCUGGAGCGUGGCGAGAGGACAGCAAGCACAGCGGCAUGGCGGAGACGCAGACGCCCUGUGGAGUUAAUCGUUCAGCUAAGUAGAGCACAGUUAUACUCUACAUAGUACUAGUUGUGUUGCGUUCUUCCCAAUUUGGGAAGAAACAGAGGAGGCACUUUGUUCCUUAAUUGUGUGUAUAGCAAGUUUCCGAUUUCCAUUUUUUGAGAGAAAGGGCUAGAUUGCUUAUUUGCAUCCAUCAAUUAUUGUUGUCCAUGAAUCAAAAUCCAUUUGCUGUUUGA